AUCAAUAUGGCCUCCAGCUCAAUCCAGCUACAUGCGAGACACGCGGGUGCAGAGCUGUUUUUCGAGGAAAACCAGCGGAAUCAUUCGGUUCUGGAGAAGUACAAUUAGCUUGCGUGGAGUUGAAAUGCUUUUAACUUACGGUUUUCUAGAUGAGGAACAUGAGGAAGUGUGUGGCUACUGAUAACCGAAAGUGCAAUUAAAGUGUGAAUAGCUCAUGGACAGCCGUUCAUGAGCCAAAGUCGUAAGCGCGAACACAUCAGUUGAUGCAUUAUCGUUACGGAGAGCCUUAUCGUGGCACGCCGGUGGUUGGGGGAGCCUCGUAAGAGCUCAAUUCGGGCCAGCUUUAUGUCCAAAAGUGUACUUGAGGGUGAAGAUGGAGAUAUGGCGGACAGAAAUGGCGAAGAUAACGUCUGCAUUCAGCAAAUUUUGCAGGAAAUGACCAAUGAGUUCAAUAAAGGCGUGAACCCUAACAAACCCGUGGAGAACGAACGGCCGCAGAAACCUAACGGUUUGGAGGUGCCAAGUAAGGAGGUUUUUGAGGUUAGAGUGGAGAAUGACUGGAAUACUGCUGCAAACUGUGUAAACUUGACCGGAAAGAACCUCGUCGAGAAAUCUCUCGAGGAAGCGAAGGACGAGAUUAAGGAAACUAAGGAGAUUAAAGACAAUCAAAGUGCGAAAGAUGAAAUUCAUAAGAAGGACGGGAAUAUACCAAGGAUUGUGUUGACUUUUAGGACCAUCGAUGAGAACACUGAUUCUGGCAAAAAAACAAAGAUUUCUAGUUGCUCGUCAAAUCUGACAUUAGUUCCUGAUGAGUUGGUUAAUUGCAAUCAAAUUGGGGGAGUUUCUGUUAAGAUAGAAACCUUUGAUGAAAAUUCCGAAAUAAUUGAUAAAUCGGAUACCGAGGAGGGUAAGGUAGUAGAAGAGGAAGGAAAACAUAUCGAGAAAAAUUAUGAGAGAAUCAAUUCUAAGGUUUUGAGCCUGGAUGAUAUGUCAGUUGUGGACAUUGUGGAUAAUACAGAAGAAAGUAAAGACCAUGAGAUUCCUGUGCUGGAACCUGGUAUAGAAGAAAAUACACAAAAUUUACCAUUUAUUAAAAAAAAGAGAAGAAGAUUGAGGAUUCCCAGUGAGUCUGAAGGAGCACCAAGUCCAAAACGCUCCGCGCGGCGAAUGUGUAAAGAGCCCCUGAAAAGUACCGUUCUCGAAAGUGCCAUAGCUAGAAAGGAAAAAUCGAAUUAUACGGCCGAGCAUUCGCAAUUUAAACCGAUAAGAAAGUACAGCAAACCCGGUCGACCAAAAAAGAUAUUGCAGGCAAAAGAAAUGAUUAAGCAAUCGCAUCCCAAGGUAUUCGAAGCACGCCACGAUCUUAUGAACAGCGCUGCCGAAACAAAUAGUAGUUAUAAUAAAAUGAACUCGACUGUAGAAAGUUCUAAAAUCUUUAGUUUUACCGAGAACUCCGUAUGUGAUUCAGCAGUAGAUGAUUGCCAAAACUCUUCCGCAGAAUUUGAUGGAAUGCCAAAGUUAUCUCCAAUAAUGAAGAAUACAGAUCCAUUGCAAACAAAAUUAUGCAAUCCUGUAGGUAGUCCAAAUAGUGAAGACGGAAACAUAUUGGAUAAGGAUAAACCAUUUUUGAGACCUGCCACUGGUAGAACUAAAAGGGAAAGAGGUCGACCAAGAGGUAGUACAGGAGCUAGGAAGAUUGCUAAGUCUGAUUCUUUCGAAGACGGAUCUAAUAACAUCGCUGAAGCUGGAAAAACUAAUGAUUGUCCGGAAGAGGGUAGUUUGCCUGCAAAAAGAACGAGGAGAAGUAUGGCUUCUAGCCCCAGUCCAGCAGAAGGACAAGCUUCGAAGCCAGAAUCUACGGCAAUUUUAUGCGAGAUUUACGGGAAGUCAAUGCUGUGUCUCUGUCAAGUACGAUCUCAGCUCUAUGUAACGAUCAGCGGCAAUGGUCCUCCACUUUACUGUACAGCAGUAGAUUCUAUGGACAAUAAAAUAGUAGGAUGUUGCAAUGAAGUUGAUACCAAUGAUGUGGCUAUGCGUCGAACGAGCACUCGUGUGCCCUUUAUCAUUCUCUGUCGUAUGCACAAGGAAAGAUUGCUCAGGCACAAUUGCUGCCCUACCUGUGGACUUUUUUGUUUACAAGGCAGAUUUAUGCAAUGCACAAAUGGACAUCAAUACCACCGCGAUUGUGAACUUUAUCAUUCCAAAAAAGGUGCAUGCCCGCAUUGUGGAGACGACAGUAUAGAGUACGAUGUUUUUGUGUCUAUGACUGGUAUAAGACAACCCGUAUAUAUUCCAACUCGAAGAAAAUUCUCCAAGGUACUAUCUGCUAAAAUGUCUUUGCCGGGAAAGGGUGAUAACACUAAGCUUGCGGAAAGAAGGCCACCAAUUCCUUUAAUUCAACCUGAAUUGAUCAAAAUACCUGAACCAACUACUGGAAACUCUGAGAGGCCUGAACGUUAUACUAUCAUGAGUCUUUACACUUCUGUUAAAAAUGGUGACUUGGAUAAGUUAGUAAACAUUUUAGCCUGCGGUUACAAUGCAAAUCAUACAUUCCGAGACUAUGCUAGUCGCACGUGUUUGCAUUUAGCUGCAGAAAAAGGCCAUUUGUCCUGUCUGCAUGUUCUAAUUCAGGCUGGUGCUCAGGUGGAUGUUAUGGAUAAAAAUCAAUUAACGCCAUUGAUGUUAGCCGCAACCAAAGGAAGGGCCGACGUUGUGCGAUAUCUGAUUAGAAUUGGAGCUGACGUCACCCUAAAGGGCGAAGAUGGCAUGACGGCCUUACACAUGUCAGCCAAAUCUGGCCAUUUAGAUGUUUGCCGAAUUAUACUGAGGGAAUGUAAAGUACCAAGGACUUUAGUAGAUUCCGUUGAUGAUGGUGGCUGGACGAGUUUAAUUUGGGCCUGUGAAUUUCGUCAUACUGAAGUCGCGCGGUUCUUGGUAGAAAAGAAGUGCGAUCCUUUAAUAAGAGAUGCUGAACAAAAUAUUGCCCUACAUUGGAGUGCUUUUAGUGGAAGUUCUGAGAUCACAGAGAUGCUUUUGAAUGAAGGCUGCGAUGUAAAUGCUGUGAAUGUUCACGGAGAUACGCCUCUCCACAUUGCUGCGAGACAAGAUCAGUAUGCAGUUAGCGUCCUCUUGUUGGCCCGAGGAGCGAAAGUUGGUGAACUUAAUGUUGCGGGUGAAACUGCCAUAAACUGCUGCUCUGUAGAUGGUGACACCUUAUCAGCUCUAAGGUUAAACGCGAAGGUGAAUGAGCUUAUCGAGCACAUGUGGGAGAAGACUGUUAAAAUCUUAUCCAAUGAUAUUUCUCGAGGGAAAGAAACGAACCCUAUACAAUGCGUUAACGGUUACGAUUCUGAGGAUAAGCCGACGGAUUUUGUAUAUGUCACAGAGAACUGUUACACGAGUAACAUAAACGUAGAUCGUACUAUAACAUCUCUACAGUCCUGCCGUUGUGAAGAUAACUGUAGUACUGAGAAAUGCUUAUGUGGAACUAUUAGCUUAAGGUGUUGGUAUGACGAAGAAGGCAAGCUCACUCCAGAAUUUAAUUAUUCUGAUCCUCCAAUGUUAUUUGAAUGCAACCCUGCAUGUGAUUGCAACAAAAUCACUUGUAAUAAUCGUGUUGUGCAACACGGUUUAACGCAAAGAUUUCAACUGUUUCGAACGAAGGGAAAAGGCUGGGGACUUCGAACGCUUCGACACAUUCCCAAGGGUACUUACGUUUGUGAAUAUGCUGGUGAAAUUAUUUCCGAUUCUGAAGCUGACCAUAGGGAGGAUGAUUCCUAUCUAUUCGACCUAGAUAAUAGGGUAAUUCCUUUAGACUUCUAUCAAGGAAGAUAA